GGUAUUCAUCCAAUAUAACGGUUACAUACUGUAGCUGUACAAAGUUUUCAAUCAGUGCACAUUGAUGGUGUAGGCCUGUGCACUCAGCCAUCAUAGAUAAUUAGAUCAAAACAGUUCUUAUAUUACUGUAUGUUCCUAUUUUAUGGAUUUUUAUAAAUCUCUUAUACAAACUUGCCCAACUGACCCCAACUGACCCUUACAUUACAUUACAUUACAUAUUUAAUACACAAAAUAAAACUCUUAAGAGCUACUUGUCAUUUACUAUAUUUCCAUUUUACGCUACUUUAUUAUUCUACUCCAUUACAUCUAUUUGAUUGCUUUUGUUAGUAGUAGUUUUUACAUUGCAGAUUAAGUGUUGGAAAUAUAAAUCAACUAUGAAUGCAUAUUUUUUUUUUAAGUUAAGCUACCCAGCAGUAAGUAAAAAAUAAAUAGCUGAAGUAGCUUUAAUAUGAUGUGUUAAAAAACAGAAAUGUAUUUAAUGAUGUUUAAUAGCCACCUUUUAGAUUAGGUCAAUGUUAAUGUCAAAUCAUUACACAAUGUAUUGAUUUUCUAAGGCAAUCUUUACGAUAUUUCUAUUCAAUGCUUUACUAAUGUGUCACAAUAAUAUAAUGUUUUUAAAUUAAAAUAUCAUCAUUAGUGGGCGUUUUCAAGAAAAUAUUGAUAUAUGUAUUAUUGAUUGUAUUGAUGUAUAUUGAUUGUUUGCAAUUAAAUCAUGCACGUAUUUCUGCCACCCCUUAAAGUCUCCAUGCCACCCUCUGGCCACCCCAACAAUAUUUCUCUACAUCCGCCCCUGACAUGAUGUGUCUCUGGCUCUCAGUGGCAGACUGAGGUUGGAGGGGAGUCUGUAAUUCAAUGUUCUCCCAGCAGAUGGCAGCAGAGGGCCUCUGAGGACUUCAGGCAUGUUUUUGUUUUGCAAAUAAAUACAGAGAUGUUUGUGUUGUAUUCGCCAUUAAUAUACAAUGAAGUACUGUAAGUCACUGUGGUGAAUGGCAGCAUGUGCGAUUGAUGCUUAAAUAAUUACCAUGGAGAAAAACAUAAUAAAUGCAUUCGCCUAUAAGAUCACAGAGCGUCAGUGGUGUUGUGAGUCUUGCAUUGGAGCGUCUUUUGUGGGAUUUUGUAAUGAGGCUGUGGCCCUGCCCUACAAGUAAAGGAUACAUCACAACAUAUGCGCUCCCAGCUGCCAUUAACGUGCGCGGGGUUCUCCAGAUUGUGCACCGUGUGGAAAACAGCUUUUCUAGGCUGCAUGACUUUUUCACUUUCUAAUACUGUCAACCAUUGGUUCAACGAGGACAGUUCUGCAUGUAGUUUUUAAUGGAUCAAGCUGACUUGACUGGUUCCCACAUGAUGUUGGACCUUUUGGGCACCUAUCUGAUUCUGGAGCAUCGACCUGUGUGGUUCCUGCAGGAAGGCGAUAACUGAUAGAAGAUGAUAUCAGUUCAUGUUUUCUUCAGGUCCUUUCAGGACAGCUAUAGAUGGCUCAUGUUGGUAGAUUGAAGCUGGACUGACCAUGUUGACACAUAUUUGAUUUUCCUUGUUUACCUCCUGAACAACAGCUCACCACUGAUUUAUUGUCUGGUGGGUGUUCUCAACCUUCAGCCUCCUUCCCACUGGCUGCACCGCUGGAAGAGAGCCAAAUCUCCAAACUGACCUAUAUUUCCCAAAAUGAAUUUCGACCAGAUCCUCUCUGCCAUCGGAGGCUUCGGCAAAUAUCAGAAAAUUUUGUACAUAUGGAUUUGUUUACCCCAGAUCCUCCUCGCCUUCCACAUGAUGGUGAGCGUCUUCAGCGGAGCCACGCCGCCGUUUCACUGUCGGGAGAGCCCGAGCCCAGUAUCCGGGAAUAAGUCCUCCUUCCCCGGUACACUCAGCCUGAACUUCAGCCUCUCGGAUUCCCCCUGCUUCUCUUCCGACGUCCUGCUGCAGGGCAACCGGACUGAGCGCGUCCCAUGUGGCCACGGAUGGGUGUACAGCAAGGAGACUUUCCAGAGUACCACAGUCACAGAGUGGGACCUGGUGUGCGACAAAGCUGGGCUGAACAGUCUUGGUUCGUCCGUCUACAUGUUUGGCUUGUUGGUGGGAUCCCUAGUGUUUGGAGCCAUGGCUGACAGGUACGGCCGACGUUUCAUCUUGCUGCUGUCCAUCGCUCUUCAGACUGUGUUUGGAGUCGCUGCGGCCUUUGCACCCAACUUCCCCGUCUAUGUGAUUCUUCGCUUUGUAGUCGGCACCACCAUAUCUGGAGUCAUCAUCAAUGCCUUUGUACUCGGCACUGAGUGGACGUGCACCAAGAGGCGCAUGCUCGCCGGUCUCACCACAGACUACGCAUUUGGUCUUGGCUACAUGCUCCUGCCAGGCAUAGCAUACCUGAUACGAGACUGGAGAAAGCUGCAACUGGCUAUAUCGGCCCCCGGCUUCCUGCUCAUCUUCUAUAUAUGGGUGGUUCCUCAGUCUGCCAGAUGGUUGUUGGCCAACAAUAGGACGGAGGAGGCCAUCGCACUCCUCCGUAAGGCAGCGCUUGUUAAUGGCCGGGUCUUGCCUCCAGCUGUACAGGUUGAGAAGAUUUUAGGUGGAGGGAAGCAAAGUCCUUCAGCAGUGGAUCUUGUACGAACACCUCAGAUGAGGAAGAGGGCUAUCAUCUUGUUCUACAUCUGGUUUGUGAACGUGCUGGUGUAUUACGGCCUGUCACUGGGCGUGUCCAGGUUGGGGACAAACCUCUACUUGACCCAGUUUGUGUUCGGGUUGGUUGAGAUCCCGGCUCGUUCUCUCGUCCUGCUUGUCCUGCCCUGGAGUCGCCGGCUAUCCCAAAGUGGAUUUCUCGCUGUGGGAGGGAUCGCUUGUGUGCUCAUGCUCGCUGUCCCUGCAGAUCAUCCCAAUGUCCUGACUGGUCUUGCCAUGGCAGGGAAGUUUGGUAUAACAGCUUCCUUUGCUGUAAUCUAUGUCUACACUGCAGAGAUAUUUCCCACUGUGCUUCGGCAAACAGGAAUAGGUGUAUCCUGUAUGUUUGCGAGGGUGGGCGGUGUGUUAGCACCAAUAAUAAACAUGCUUCACAACCACAGCCCCACUACACCUCUGGUCAUCUUCGGGACCGCCCCGCUGCUGGGUGCCGUCCUGGCCCUAGCACUGCCCGAAACUGCCAACAGACCUCUUCCUGACACAGUAGAGGAUGCAGAGAACUGGGACAUGAGGUCGCCUCCCAACAAGGAGAACCCUGAGAUACCUGAGGAUAUCAGCCAAUCAGCCAGCAGCACAGAGGAGCAGGAGCUACGGCAUCUAGCAAGCCAGGCCUAAGUGUGUGUAAAAGGAUGCACGCAUUCCAUUAUUCACAUAUUAUAUAGCCUCAACCUUGUUACCUGAUACAGUACUCAACACAACAUCCUCUAUGCAAUUACAUGUCAGGAUCAGAGCUUUAUGCAGGAAAGCCAAACACAUUUCCACCCAACUAGCUUGCAGGUGCACACACGCACAAAGCAGGCAUUCAUAUAAGCUGCCAAGGAAAAUCAACAGCCUACUGUUCUACCAGAUGCAGGUAAUGUCAGGAAUAAAUUGUUGUCCUUUGCAAUUUGUGCAUUUCUCAGAUGUUUACACCUUCAUUCCAGUUUUGAGACGUGGUUUGAUAUAUUUUACAUAUGUGGUGCCGCUGAAUAAAUGAGCCUGGAAGACAAAUCUGCAGAGCUAUAAAAGAAUAGAUCCCCUAAAGACUUUGCAGACACAGAUUGCAUAUUUGUAUAAAUUUUUAAAUCUACAGGCAUCAGCUCAGAGAUUGUUAAACCUGUGCUGAUUUGAAAAAUCCAAUUAGACUUCACACUUCAGUCCAUACAGCCCCGCUGAGCAGCUAUUGUUAGGACUUGAUAUUUUUCAGGACUGAAGGAUUUAUUACAUUUUAUGGAUUGAGUAAAAGCACAUAAUAUUUUUGGAUAAUAAAACAUGUCUGCGGACUGUUUGUCGAGUAUCUUUGUUAUGGUAUCUUAAAGCUGUAUUGAACAAGCAACUGCCUCGUUUUCUAUGUUCUCAUUCUCAAUCCAAGAAAAAUAAAACUAGUCAAGUGAGAUUGCAUGUACUAGUCAACUUUAUCAUGUCUAAUGUAAACUUUUGUUGGACUAAUAUAGUUCAUUUGUAGUUUUGUCUAUGAGUUGUAACUGUGAUCAGUAUGUGAAGAUAUGUUUGAUUCCCGUGUUGUUUGUAGAAGUUUGUUCUUUUUAUUAUAUUGAAUUAUACUCAAGAUAUAAAAUGACUCACUAUAACUUGGAUCUGUGAAAUAUCUCUUACAUUUUACAAGUGUUGGCUGUUAUUGUGUAUAUUGAUAAGUGCUACAUAAAAAGGCAUGUAUUAGAAGGACAGGUUAUGUAAUAUGCUAUGUCACUCAGGCAAAAGGAAUUUGAUUCUUUAAAAUCUAUUAUUCCUAUAGCAAAGACCAGUAUGCUUUUAAUGUGUAAAAUGUAUAUGUGGAGGGGAUAUCCCCAUUGCCUGAAUUUAGAAAGCAUGCCUUACUGAUGACCACAGCAUGUGAAUGUGUUAGAUCAUGGAUAACACAGAAGACAAAUAAUGGAAAACCUUCCAGUUUUUUAUUGCAUUGAUUCCAGCCCAGUGCAUUUGAGUGCAACAAAUAAAGUAGAACAGAAUAAUAUAAAGUGAAAAUUUGUCACACAAUGUACUUUUUACAACUUAAAUUGAAGGCACUGCUGCUAUGUGCCACCAGCAAUAAAUCUGUCAAAACCA